GCUUAUGUGAAUUGCAAUAACCUUUUCAGAGCAGCAGCAAAAAAUGGGCGAAGUUGACCAAAAGGGUACUUACUACAGGACCUUUCUCGAAGAAAUACUAGUAAUAAACCCAUCGUAAAUGUUUUUAUUAUCGUCGCACAUCUUCAAUCAGCCGACUACUGUGAAUGGAUUGUACUAUUUUGUUAUUUUAGAUCAGCCUUACGACGCCCAGUCGGCAGCCAAAGCAGGACAUUUAACAUUCGAGGAGACCUCGAUUUGCCGGUGCAAUGGCAGUGUUCAGUCCACAGGUGCUUCUGGCAGUAACAAGAUCAAGGGGAUCUUACCUGCUGUCUAAAAGGCACAGCUGCUGUCCCCUCCCCUACACUGCUUACGUCCACCACCACCUGGACCCCGCCAGCCGCGUGUCACCCCUAACCUCCCUCAGGCACUCCAGGUCUGGCUAUCCUCAGUGCGUUCGACUCCAUGGCGCCAGACCCCACCACACCACCCUGCUGGCCAGAUCUCUGCACAGCUCCUGUGUCUGGCUGCAGGGCACCAAGCAGGACACCAAAGCCCCCGCCACCCCAGCCCAGGAUGACCCCCCAGGGACCCCCAAGAAUGGCCCCUCUGUCCCCGCACCCCAACCUCCAGCCCCUGCUCCCCCCGCUGCCGUCACUGUAGCGGCUACAGCUGCCCCUACGGUCCAGGUAGUGAGGAAGUCUAUUGGCCAGAGGGUAGUGGAUGAGCUGAAGCACUACUACAAUGGUUUCAGGCUGCUGGGAAUCGAUACCAAGAUCGCAGGGAGGAUGGUGUGGAGACUUCUGCACGGACAACUGCUCUCACGCAGGGAGAGGAGACGGCUGAUGAGGACGUGUGCUGACCUGUUCCGCCUGCUACCCUUCAUGGUCUUUAUCAUUGUCCCCUUCAUGGAGUUCCUGCUUCCCGUUUUCCUCAAGCUCUUCCCUGAGAUGCUGCCCUCCACCUUCGAGACAGAGACCAAGAAGGUGGAGAAGCAGAAAAAGGGUCUUGCUGCUAAGCUGGAGCUGGCUAAGUUCCUCCAGGAGACCAUAGCAGAGAUGGCCAAGAGGAACAAGACCAAGGCUUUGACCGAGGACGAGACGCAGCGCUUCUCCACCUACGUACAGAAGGUUCGUCACACAGGGGAGCAGCCCACCACUAAGGACAUUGUCAAGUUCUCCAAGCUGUUUGAAGACGAGUUGACGCUGGAGCAUCUAGAGCGCCCCCAGCUGGUGGCCCUGUGUAAGCUGCUAGAGCUGCAGCCCAUAGGAACCAAUAACCUGCUCCGCUUCCAGCUUAUGAUGCAGCUGAGAAACAUCAAAGCAGAUGACGAGUUGAUAGCCACUGAGGGUGUGCCUGCUAUGAGUGUGUCAGAGCUACAGGCAGCAUGUCGUAGCAGAGGGAUGAGGUCACUGGGUCUGACCACUGACCAGUUACAUCAGCAGAUGCAACAGUGGUUGGACCUGCACUUGAAGGAGAACGUUCCUCCCUCUCUGCUGCUGCUCUCCAGAGCCAUGUACCUGACUGACGUCAAACCCAUCAUACCCGUCAUACCCCCUGUACCCAAACUAGAGAAGGCCACUCCUCCCCCAGCUGAGAUCCCAGAGGGAACCACAGCUUCCUCCUCAGACUUACUGGUAGACCCAGCUCUGGUCAUCAAAGACAGGCCGGCAGAGGAGUUGAGAGACAAUGCUGCCAUCUCAGACAAACCUCCUACCCCUGCCCAGGUCAUCCAGGCUAAAGGAGCAGAGGCGUCCCAGAAGAGCAAGAUGAGCGCCAACGGAGUGUGAGGAGGAGCUAACAGUGAGCAGGACUGCAGGGGCUUGACCACACCACAACCCAGUGUCCUCAUGGGUUGGGGGGGCUAGACAAUCAAGCUAAUCGACAACCUAAGGGAUCAGUCAACCCAACCACCCAUCUACCCUCCUUAACGCCGCCUCCUCCUGAGUCUAAGAUCCCUUUAUAGCCAAUGGGAUCGGUGUCUGAUGGAGAGAGGGGUCAUAAGAUCAUCACAUGAGAUGUUAAUGCCGUCAGACCAGACGACGUUUGGCUAAGAUAGCACUUUUGCUCUCUUUAAUUCUGUCCAUGGAUCAGAGCCCUAUCCUCUCUGGCUACACCUGGAUUGAGGUCGCUGGCAGGCGUUUCAAACGGGACACACACCUCUGCUCUGUCUGUUCAUUCUCUGGGUCUUCUCACCUGCAUCUAUUUGGUUUCAAGUUCAUGCACUCCAUCCAUUGGGUUUCACACUCAAACUCAGCAGGACAAUGUAAUGUAACAAACUCUGAAAAGACCCUGGAUUAGGAUAAUUGUUUUGUUUUGGGAUCACAGUAACCCAGUGAUGUAACAAAUAUUAUUAUUAUUUUUAUGUCCUUGAAGAGUAGACACCGGCUGGUUGGUUGGUCUGGUGUAACUUUAGUCUGUUUCACUUCAGGUUGUAUUUAGACUCAUUCAUUAGGCGCUGAAGCUGAUUCCUCUUGACUAGAUACACCUCAAAGACGAAAGCAGUGGGUGGCCGCGGUGUGUUAAAGGUGUCCACAUGCUUCCCAGACUAAACAGUUCGGUAGAGUAUGUGCAUAUAUUAUGCUGACAUUUUGUUACGCUUUUGUUCGUUUUGAUCAAGCUGAAGUUCGGAGCCGAAGUCUACACCCCUUCAUCGGUGAUUGUUCAACAGUAGGGAUUCUCCGAUAAAGUCUUUGUUGUCAUUCAACUAGAGACGAAUGGUCUUCAUGACAUUUUUAUCAUAAAGAAAUACUGCGCCUUUUUCAUCUUAGUUAGAUGUAAAAUUGCGCAACUAAGAUGUCUUGGGCAAAAACGUCAAUUUAUGACAGGUUUCUUGAGUUAUCUUAGAUGAAUUCUGACUUUUGAGGAAGUGUACAGUCAUUUUGAGACUGGCUACGGCGUUCGAUGCUUUUUUCUUGUUUUUCAAACAAGUGUAUUUUAAGGGAGUAUGCAAGCACACUCGUUGGGUUAGGCGCCAGCCGAGCUGAAGCAUGCUGACGCCUUUAGGGGUCACCACCUUGGUGUUGACAAACGGUGGGGAUUCAACAUGUAGAGUUGUUGUGAAGUGAACAGAAAAUGAAGGCCGACAUUUUAGUCAGAGGUGAUAGGACGGCCACCCGCUGCUUUGAAAAGGUGUGUUUUGUCUCUUGAGUUGGCUGAAUCACCUCCAGAUCAGACUAACAAAAACCACCACCUCUUUCUCUUGUAUAUUUGUAAAUACCCUGUACAAUGUUCAUUGUCUGGUAGAAAAGGUACAACUGUUCUGUCCAGUUGGUUUGCCACUCCCUCAAGCUCUCUCAAAACUAAAGAGUUCUAUGAACUUUUGCCCUCAUAAUAUUUUAUUUUUUGUUUGUUGAAUAUUUCAAUCUUAAGACUGGGCAACACUUCACUUUAACUUGCCUUUAUGCCAUGAAGUUACUCUCUAACUACCCUGGAAACCAGACUGUAAUUGUUCAGAUGUAAAUGGUAAUUACAGAUAAGGUACAAAACACUAAUGUCUAAAGUAAGGACAUUUUACAAAUUAUGUCCAGGUAGUUACAGUGUAGUUGCAUUUAAUUACACCAGAAAAUGUAACACGUGGUAUCUAUGCAAUUUAUUGUGAAGUGUCACCCUAUGACUGAAUGAAGUGGCAUUGUGUAGUUGAUUGCAGCUGUAAAUAGUACAUGAACACUGAUUAUUUUUGAUUGUAAGAGUGCGAGAAAGUUCACUCAUUAACACAGAAGAGGCUGUAGUAGCGCCUAAUUAAGCAAUAAGGCCCGAGGAGGUGUGGUGUAUAUGGCCAAUAUACCAAGGGCUUUUCUUAUGCAUGACGCA